AUGAUUAUAAAUAUGUCGGAUGAGAUAGCCAAAGCUCAAACGGCACAGCCCACCGAAGAUACAAUCUUCGGUAAAAUUGCUCGAAAGGAGAUCAAAGUUGAUUUAAUUCAUGACGAUGAUCAGUGUGUUGCAUUUCAUGAUAUCAGUAAACAAGCGCCCACACACUUUUUAGUUAUUCCAAAAGAUCCAAUCGUACAAUUGUCGAAGGUUACACCAGCACAUGAACAGUUACUCGGUCAUUUAUUAGUUGUUGCCGCUCAGGUUGCUAAAAAGCAAGGCUUAGACGAAGAUGGAUACCGUGUAGUUAUUAAUAAUGGAAAGAACGGCGGCCAAAGUGUUUAUCAUCUUCAUGUACAUGUACUCGGUGGACGACAACUCGGAUGGCCACCCGGCUAG